GCUGCCCCGUGCCCUCCAGACCGCAGGUCAGUCAGUCAGAGCGGCCUCCCGGGCCCUGCGCGAGCCGCUGGAGGAGGGAGGCGAGGCAGGUACGUAGGAGGGAGCUGUAGGUUCCCGGGCCCCGCGGCCUCCGAUGCCUACACUCUGCCCCCGCCAGGUAGGACCAUGAGACCGGGUCGCCGCAAAUCCACCCCAAAGAAGCGCCCCGGGACCCCGUCUCAGCCCCGCGCCUCCACCUCCACCACGCCCCCCGCAGGCUCUUCUCGCCGCCGCCGCUUUCCCGGUGGACUAAGCCAUCGGAUUCUUAGGGAGAUCCGCAAGCUGCAGAAAAGCACGGACCUGCUGAUCAGGAAGGCACCCUUUGGUCGACUAGUUAGAGAAAUAUGCCUCCGAUAUACUCGAGGAGUGGACUUCUAUUGGCAAUCUCAGGCCCUACUGGCCCUGCAGGAGGCAGCUGAAGCAUUUAUAACUCAUUUAUUUGAAGAUGCCUAUCUCCUCGCCAUACAUGCCCGGAGGGUAAUGUAUCCCAAAGAUAUUCAACUGGCCAGAAGGAUCCGAGGUUUGCAGGAAGGACUAGGCUAAAUACUUGAGGACAAUGGACCUUUAAACCUAGAAGUUAAAAAUUUAAUUCCUUUCUAUUUCUCCAACCACUUGAGUUCCCAGUCUGGAGUUGCCACUUACCAUCUUCAACGCCUUGUCAUCGUAUCCAUCUCUUGGGCACAGUUCUCUGGAGAAUCGGGGAUUGUUCCUUUUUACAAAAUUUAAAUAAAAUGUUUUUAAUUAAGGA